AUGUCAAAACCCGAAGAGAUAUCACAAACUCCUUUACAACAAGAUGACAGCGAUGGAAAAGCAAGUGGGACAUCCGUAGAUGAUGGCGAUGGCGAUGGCGAUGGGACUCGUGAUGAGCCAAAAGAUGAGUCGAAUAGCUAUAUUCGCAUUUUCAAGUACGCAGAUCGGACAAGUUGGAUACUCAACAUCAUAGCGGCCAUCGCAGCUAUUGCCGCGGGAACCCUGCUUCCGCUACUGGAUCUAAUCUUCGGAAAAUUUGUGUCGUCAUUCAAUGGAUUCGCAACAGGUUCAAUGACACCAGCGAAAUACCGAUCUGAAGUGAACAAGUAUACUCUAUACCUUGUCUAUCUCUUCAUCGCAAAGUUUCUCCUCGUCUACAUCCAUUCUACUCUCAUGUCUAUUGCGGCAAUACGCACCACCAAAGCCCUACGCAUGGACUUUCUCAAACAUAUCCUUCGCCAAAACAUUGCAUAUUUCGACUCGGAAGAAGCCGCCUCGGUCUCCGCCCAGGUCACCACCAAUUGCAACAACGUCAACAAUGGCAUCUCUGAAAAGCUAUCGCUGACAAUCCAGGGUGUAUCAACAUUUGUCUCGGCCUUCGUCGUGGCCUUUGCCGUUAAUUGGAAGCUCACCUUAAUAACCAUCAGUAUCGUGCCGACGAUCCUUGUCGUUGUCAGCAUUUGUAUCGGUCUCGAUGCGAAGAAUGAGGACCAACUGUUACCGAUAUACUCCAGAGCUGGACAACUUGCCGAAGAAGUCUUUUCGACUGUACGCACAGUUCAUGCGUUUUGGCUGCAUCCUUUGAUGUCGCGCAAGUACGACAAGCUGCUUGGCGAUGCAAUGGAUGUUGGCAUGAAGAAGUCGCCAAUAUAUGCGGUGAUGUUCUCCACCGAAUUCUUCUGCACAUACUGUGGGUAUGGACUUGCGUUCUGGCAGGGCAUCCGCAUGUUUUCUAGGGGCGAGAUCAAACAGAGUGGCGACGUCUUCACCGUUAUUUUCGCCGUUAUAGUCGCAGCAAAUGCGAUGACAACAAUAGCUCCCCAGAUAAUGGCCUUCACAAAAGCCGCUUCCUCCGCCACCGAAAUCUUCAAAACCAUCGACCGCAAAUCUGAAAUCGACCCCCUGAGCGACUCGGGCAUAGUACCGACUAAAUGCACCGGCGUCGUGGAAAUCAAGGACAUUGAAUUUGCUUACCCGGCCAGACCUGACAUCACGGUCUUGAAAGGCUUGACGCUCUCGGCUCCUGCCGGCAAAACGACAGCUCUAGUAGGGUCAUCGGGCAGCGGCAAAUCCACAAUCAUUGGGUUGAUAGAGCGCUGGUAUGAUCAGAGUAAGGGUACGAUAUGGAUUGAUGGUGUAGACAUACGCGAGUUGAACCUAACAUGGUUGCGCACCAAUGUGCGCUUGGUACAGCAAGAGCCCGUUCUGUUCUCUGGUACUGUAUAUGAGAACGUUGCUGCCGGUCUUUUCGGUACCGAAAAGGCUAGCCUGCCGGAGGACAAGCAAAGAGAACUUGUCGAGAAGGCAUGCAAAGAUGCAUAUGCGCAAGAGUUCAUUGAGCAGCUACCACAGGGCUACGAUACACAACUCGGAGAACGUGCUAUGAAUAUCUCUGGAGGCCAAAAACAGCGAAUAGCCAUUGCACGUAGCAUUGUUUCAGAGCCGACUGUCCUACUCCUCGACGAAGCCACGAGCGCUUUGGACCCAAAGGCGGAGAAAAUCGUACAGCAGGCGCUUGAGAGAGUCUCUGAAGGCCGCACUACGAUUGUCAUUGCACACAAGCUCUCGACUAUCCGAAAUGCCGACAACAUUGCAGUCAUGACUGGUGGCGUUGUGGUUGAACAGGGCUCACAUGAUCAACUUCUCGAGGCGAAUGGUGCAUAUGCUCGUCUCGUCAGGGCUCAAGAUCUUGGUCAAAGUCAAGGUGAAGAUAUUUUGAAUGAGGAUGAUGAUGCUGAGAAGGUUGCGCUGGUACGUACUCAGACCCAGGUAUCCGGUAGUGGUCAAGAGGCAAAGCAACCGGACAAGGACAGCAUCAACUACAGCCUGAUGAAGUGUACCUUCCUGGUGCUUAAGGAGCAGGGUGAAGUUUGGAAGAGCCUCCUGGUCUGUUCAGUCGCUUCUCUAAUUGGAGGCGCUACGUUUCCGGCUCAAGCAGUACUCUUCUCUCGCGUUGUCGAAGCCUUCCAGCUGCCUCCUGCACGGGCCGUGGACCGAGGCGACUUUUUCUCGCUAAUGUUCUUCAUUGUUGCAAUCGGUAAUCUGGCCGUCUACUGCGCCGUGGGCUGGUCGAGUAACAUUGUAGCACAGCAUGUUGCAAGGAAGUUUCGUCGUGAGAUUUUCGAUCUUCUGCUCAAACAAGAUAUGGCUUUCUUCGACGACCAAAACAAUGCGAGCGGUGCACUAGCGUCGAACAUUUCGGCAUAUCCCGACAACCUCCGCGAACUGAUGGGUUUCAACUUGUCACUCAUACUUGUCAACAUUGUCAACGUGGGCGCAAGCUCCAUUCUAGCCAUUGCGGUUGGUUGGAAGUUGGGACUGGUAAUAGUUUUUGGAGCCUUGCCGUUUAUUAUUUUUGCUGGGUACCUUAGGAUCCGACUUGAAUUCAAGCUCGAAGAACUCACUGGCAAGCGCUUCGCCAGCAGUACCGCACUUGCUUCAGAAGCAGUCUCGGCCAUUCGCACGGUGUCGAGUCUCGCACUGGAACGACACAUCCUCGCCACAUACGAAAAUCGGCUACGCGGUGUCGCACGGGAUGGCAUCAAAGCUCUGUUCUGGACCAUGUUCUGGUAUGGGCUGUCGCAGUCAGUAUCCUUCUUGGCCAUGGCGCUUGGUUUCUGGUACGGUGGUCGCCUCGUCAGUACCGGCGAGUACACGACUAGACAGUUCUUCACAGUCUUCAUCGGUGUCAUCUUCUCCGGGGAAGCAGCUGCCGCGUUCUUCUCUUAUACGACCAGUAUGACGAAGGCGGCAACUGCGGCGAACUACGUCUUUUGGCUGCGUAGGCUGAAACCUGCUGUACAGGAGGAUCCGACGAAGCCACCUUUCGAUAACGAAAAGGGCCAGGGUUCAGUGCACAUGGAGAUACAGGAUGUUGUUUUUGCAUAUGAAUCUCGGCCACAUGCAAAGGUCCUUCAAGGCAUCAAUAUCGACGUACGUCCGGGGCAAUUCAUCGCGCUUGUGGGUGCUUCAGGCUGCGGAAAAUCGACCAUGAUUCAGCUCCUUGAGAGAUUCUACAAUCCAGUCAAGGGGCAAAUUCAAUGCGAUGGCCGAUCGUUGGUGGAUCUAUGCCCGCGCAAAUACCGAUGCGACGUGUCCCUCGUUCAGCAAGAACCUGUCCUCUACCAGGGGUCUGUUCGUGAUAACAUCGCCAUGGGCAUCGAGACCGAGGUCACGGAUGCGCAGAUUGAAGCCGCAGCCAAACAGUCCAACAUAUCCGAUUUUGUCGCGUCUUUGCCGGAUGGCUUCGCAACCAUGUGUGGUAACAGGGGCACACAGCUGUCGGGCGGGCAACGCCAACGCAUCGCCAUAGCCAGAGCGCUGAUUCGAGAACCGCGUCUACUUCUCCUUGAUGAGGCUACGUCGGCGCUGGAUACCGAGUCUGAACGCGUGGUUCAGGCGGCGCUGGAGGAAGCACAGAGUGGGCGGACCACCAUCGCUGUGGCGCACCGUCUCAGUACGAUCAAGGAUGCAGACUUGAUUGUUGUCUUUGCACGGGGCAAGAUUGCCGAGAGUGGAACUCAUCAAGAGCUUCUCGCGAGAAAAGGAGUAUAUUAUGAGAUGUGCCUGGGGCAAAGUUUGGAUCGAGCGAUACCAGGCUGA